AUGACGGUUAAGAGGCACCAUACUGAAAUAGAAAUCACAUCUGUAAGACAACAACCCUCAAUAGCGGUUGCUUCUUUCUUCAAGGGUUUCCGUGCCCCAAAGGAUACUUCAUUUAAGUUAUACAGCAAGCCCUCCUCUGAUAAUUACGUAUUGCAUGGUGAGAAUGAAAGAUUAGAAUACAAAGGUAAAAGCGAUGAACUUCUUGAUGAAAGUUGUAGCUAUGUUUUAGGGCUAUAUGAUCAUUCGAAAAAAGCCAUCGAGCUCUACAAAACACCAGUUAUACCAACUAAAGUUUACUCCAAGUCUAAAAGGAACCUAUCUGGACCAAAGAUCAAACAAGGUGAAGCUAAAGCUUCCGAAAUGAGAAAUGCUUUAGGAGAGGCAUUUGGUACUAAGAAAGCAAAGAAAGCAAUUGCUGAUAUUGAACGUAAUCGUAUUGAUUCAGAUAAAGUGGUACAUUCUGCUAUUGAUAUUAUCAACAAUGUUACAGACAGCGGGAAACACCUCCCCUCUAGAGAACAACUACAAACAUCCUCGUCGACAGAUAGACCCACUCCUUUGGCAAACGUUGAUGCCACCGAUGUUGAACAAAUUUAUCCAUUACACAAUAUAAUACCGAAAAAAGAAUGGAGUUUUCUUCGUGUGGGACCGAUUAUCAAGGAGGCAGAUGUUGAACAAAAAUUACAAAUGCUACCAUAUUCCAAAUCUCAAUACGUUGCUAAAAAGAUUUCUACCCUUACACAAGCUGCUCACAUGCAAAAAUUGCAACUCCUCUAUUAUUUGUCAUUACUCUUGGGUGUCUAUGCCAAUCGUAGGACAAACGACAAAAUCAUGCUAAUGCAAAAACUCAAUUCCCCACCUGAUACUUUGAUAGACGGUAUUUUAGAAAGAUUCGCAGUCCUGAGAGCUGGUCAGUUUGGCAGAUCUAAGGAUCGUUCUUUUACUAUUGACCCACAACGUGAAGACAAACUACUGUGCUAUAUUCUUGUCAUAAUCAUGCAUUUGGAUAACUUCCUUGUCGAAGUAUCUCCAAUUGCCCAGGAACUAGGUCUCAAACCUUCUAAACUAGUAAAUCUCCUAAAGACGUUGGGUGCCAUAGUUAAAGGUGCCACAGUCUCUCAAGCGCAAGCGUUUGGUAUCCCUAAGAGUGCAGCUUCUACAUACAAGAUUGCAGCCUUGAAAGUUCCAUUCAAGUUACCUGAAAUGAACAAGAGAAUGAAAGCUAGCAGACGUUAA